AUGAAGUCCUUUUCUCUCUCUCAAGCGGUUUCCAUUUUGUCGCUCCUUAACCUAGGAGCUUCGACCCUCCUUCUCGAUUUUGAUGCUCAAAGAGGUGAUAACCCAUCAAUCUUGGGCCUUCUUAAUCUAGAACAAGCCAGAGGUGAUUCCAUCUCUGCAAAUACAAAAGACUUGUAUAUCAAGCUCGAUAAGGACCCGAAGGGAGUCCAAGCAGCCCACGUUCACAGGAAGGCUGGCUACAUCAGGGCCGAAUAUCAUUCGCUGAAGGACAAGACUAAGGAGGAUACCUCAUACUUCAUCGGGUACACGUUUUCCCUGGGUACUAUCACCCAUAACCUCGUUGUUUGGCAAUGGAAGGAGUACAAAAAUGCUGCGGCGCAAAAUGUUCCUCUCAACCUCGAGUUCAACAAUGAUGUUUUGGAAUUGAUUUACGAGGCACCAGGCACCAAUAGCAAGAAGGUUGCCAAAUGGGGUAAAAAGCUUCAGACCGGUGUAACUUAUCGUGUUGGGAUCGUCAUCAACACCUCCACGACCGACGGCGCCCUUCAGUUCUACUGGAAUGGUGUCCGCCAAACAUUAAACGAUAACGGGACAGCCACCAAGACACUUAAGGGUGUAUUCUGGGCUGGCCAGUCGGAUCCUAAGUUUGGUGCUUACAGAGGUGAGGAGACUGUGAUUGACACUUACAUCUACAAGGUUCAAAUCGGAACCAAACUCGACGAUAUCAGGGAUGCAGCUGGAAUUGGAUCUGACCCAAGCCCAUCUACUACUUUGGCUACUGUUACUACCACUGCCAAACCACCAACAACUACCUGCUCGUGGGAAGGUCACUGCAUUGGUGCUCCAUGCAAAGACGAGAACGACUGUUCGGAUGAUUUUGUUUGUAAGAGCGGGAGUUGCGCAAAGCCAUGA